CUUAGUCUGUGCUCGCUGUUGCUAGUCGUGGUAGUUUUUGUUGUUAUUUUUAACACUUUCCAUUUUCACCACAUCGACGUAAAUUAAAAACUCCAUUUUAUUUACUGAGGUCGUGUGCAAUUAUUUGCACGAUUGUUAAGGUUCGUGAUUUUUAAAAUGGCUGAUGAAGAAAAGAAAAACAAUGGCUCUGGAACAGAACAAAGGAAAAACGGCAACGAAGACGAAGGCGACGCAUGGGGCAGUCAUGGAUCUUCACAAGGGCGACGUUAUGCGAAAAUGCCUGUCGAAAGAUAUGCUCAUUACUAUAACAUGAACCACAAUAAUCGUGGUAUGGCGAUCAUUUUCAAUCAUGAACAUUUUGAAAUUCAUAAUCUAAAAUCUCGCACGGGCACCAAUGUGGACAGUGACAGCUUAUCUAAAGUCCUGAGAGGCUUAGGUUUCAGUGUUACGGUUCUUCAUAACCUAAGAGCUGAAGAUAUCAACAGAUAUAUACAACAAAUAUCUGAAAUGGAUCACACAGAUAAUGAUUGUCUGCUGGUUGCUGUGUUGAGUCAUGGAGAAUUAGGUAUGUUGUAUGCCAAAGACACUCAUUAUAAACCAGAUAAUCUGUGGUAUUACUUCACUGCUGAUAAAUGUCCAACUCUAGCUGGAAAACCAAAACUGUUCUUUAUUCAAGCUUGCCAAGGUGAUAAGUUAGAUGGUGGAAUAACAUUAUCCAACACUGAAACAGAUGGUUCUUCGUCUUCAUCCUACAGAAUCCCAAUUCAUGCUGACUUUUUGAUUGUGUUCUCAACAGUACCAGGUUAUUACUCUUGGAGAAACACAACUCGUGGCUCUUGGUUUAUGCAAUCUCUUUGUGAAGAAUUGAGAAACUAUGGUACUCAAAGAGAUAUUCUUACACUCUUGACAUUUGUUUGUCAGAGAGUUGCUUUAGAUUUUGAGUCAAAUACACCAGAUAUCACACCGAUGCAUCAACAAAAACAGGUACCUUGCAUAAAUAGUAUGCUGACACGCCUUCUCUUGUUUGGAAAAAAAUAACUUGAUAAAUUUUCUAAACCUUCUCAUUAAUAUCGAAUACCAAUAUGUGAUAAGUACACUAAAGUUGAGACAAAAUGAAAACUUUUUUUUCAAUACAUCAAGUUUGACAGUUGAUUCAUUAUUUUUUUAUGUAGUUGGUUUUUACAACUAUGUUAAUGAAGUUUUUGUUUUAUUUUAUUUUUGAGAUGUAAGAUUCAAUGCCAUGCCUUCAUUCAUUGUGAUGAAAAAAUUAUAAUUGAUAUUUUUUCAUUGGCAAUAAAUAUGAAUAUUUUUAUAAAUAAAUAAAUGUUGGUUUUUUAAGGUACUUAUAGAUUAUAAUUAUUCCAUUUUGCAUUUAAAGUACGACGUACAGUGCUCAAAUUAAUUUUAAAUAAUGUCAAAACCCUUAAGCAAUAAAUGCACAAAUUGGUAUUUGCUCACACUGUUCCAAAGCAAUGUAAUUUGUACUUAAUGUUGCUAUUAAACAUGUAAACAAUGAAAAUUAGUAAAAUGUGAUUAGAGAAUUCAAAUGAUCUUUUGAACGACAUAAUAAUAUAAGUUUAAUAUAUUAAAAAAAAUUAAAGCUUCUUUGAUCAGCUAACUUUAAGAUGUAUUAGAAAGAGCUUGAGUUUUAAAUUCAAAAUAAUUAGCAAUAAUAAAUUGAGAUUUCUACAUAUCAUCAUAACCUUCCCAUUCCAAAUAAUAGUUACAAUUCAAAAUUUAUAAAGCUGGUGAUUUGUCUGAUUUCUUAUGUUGAGUUUGUCUAGUUUAAUUUUGUUGCUUUAAUCAUUUCUGUUUUCUUCCAAGGCUUCUUUUAAAAAGGCAAUCAAUGUAAUCUUAAUAUUAAAUGAUAUAUGGUCUAGCUUGACAUAUUCAUUUAUUACAGUCGACAGUGAAGGUCAAUGCCAUUGAAUGAAUUGCUAUUUUCUUUGUAGUAACAAAAUUGAUGUGAUUGCCCUUUGUUAUGGUUUGAAGUUUUUAUCUAGAAUGCUGUAUGUGGCAUGUUAUCUUUUAGUGCACAUUAACAAGCUUUACAUGAAAUUGUAACAAUUUUUCCAAAAGAAUCUCAAAAUGUAGGUUCUGUAUGAUGUGUAGGUAUGUGAUAAGUGAACGUGAUGACUGAUUUUUAUGUUUAAGAUGGUUACGAAAACCUGUGAGGAAUUGUAAUAUCAUACAUGACAGUAUGACUUGUCUAUUUGAAAAUACAUGUGCCUUUACUUUGAUUAACUAAAAAAAAAAUAACAUUUUUCUAAAUAAAACAUAUCUUCACAGGUUUUUGUAUAAUGUUGCAAUGAUGUAUUUUCUGAAAAGUUUGUAUUUUUAAAAGCAAUAAAUAAUAACUU